UAAAGGAUCCCUCCAUAUAAUUAUUGAAUAAUUCCCUCUCUUCUCUUCAAUCUUCACUUCACUAAACAAAUUUCUGUGCUUUUGCUUCUCUCUAGUAGCAAAAGAUGGCUGGAAAGGAGUUUACUGUUGAUCUGAAUAAACCCCUUGUCUUCCAGGUUGGUCACCUUGGAGAAACUUACCAAGACUGGGUUCACACCCCUAUUAUGACCGAGGAAAGCCCUCGGUUUUUCAAGAGUGAUUUCAUGGAGAUGUUGACUCGAACUGUGUGGUGGGUGGUGCCAAUCGUAUGGCUGCCGGUUGCGUUCUAUUUCAUCAAAAUGUCAUACACAAUGGGUCUCCCACUUCCCAUAGUGGCCAUACUGUCUGUUUUUGGGGCCUUUGUGUGGACAUUUCUCGAAUACUGUUUCCACCGUUUCCUUUUUCACCUUGACACACACAGUUACUGGGGAAACACAUUUCACUAUCUCAUCCAUGGUUGCCACCACAAGCACCCUAACGAUGGAUUAAGGCUUGUGAUUCCACCUGCAGAGGCUGCUAUACUAGCCGUAAUGUUUUGGAAUCUAUAUGGUAUUUUAUUCACUCUCUCAAUAAGACCCGUGAUGUUCGGAGGUGGACUGAUCGGGUACGUUAUAUACGAUAUGAUCCAUUACUACGUUCACCAUGGCCAACCCACGAAACAAUCCAUCAAAACCCUCAAGAAAUAUCACUUGAACCAUCACUUUAGGAUCCAAAACAAGGGCUUUGGGAUAACCACCACGUUAUGGGAUAAGGUUUUCGGGACCCUUCCGAAAACCAAAGCAGCUGAGAAGAGUGGAUAGAAAAGAGAGUGCACUGGACGAACAUUGAAAUCUACGGUGUAGGGUUGUCGUAGCUUUUUUUUCUUUAAGAUCUAUGGGGACUGUGUUGUGAUUGGGUUGGUGGAGUCAGCUUUGGCUAUGUGUCUCGCCUAAUCACUUGAACUCUUUGUCGUUAGUAAUAAUUCAAUGGAUGUUGGAAUUACAC